AUCAUGGGGCGCGCGGCAGCGACGUAGCAGUGAGCGACAAGCAGCAGCAGCGGACCCCGCCGGAGCUCUCUCCCUCGUGCGCGAGAAAGGUGCAGAGGGCGCUGUGGCCAGGGCUGCCCCUCUUCAGCCCCCCCUCCACGUAUAACAGGCGAGCGGCCGUGGGCCGGCGGCACAGUCGUGCCCUGAGGCUUGAUCGGGUGGAGUUCGGUCGGCAUCGUGUGCUCCUACCAGUUUGUGUGUUUCCGUGUGCUGCUUACUGCUGCUGCGCGCCAACCCCAUGGCGCCCCCGGGUGGGCCCUGAGUUGCGACACCCAUGAGUUCGUACCAGUUCGUCAAUUCGCUGGCCUCCUGCUACGGCCAGCAGCGAGGCCAGGACACGGACUACUACACGCCGCAGGUGCAACCGUACGCCGCCACCGGCUGCUACAGCGGGCCGGCGUCGCCCGUGCAGCCCUACGGCGGACCGUACAGCCAGCCGGCGGCGCACCUGCAGAACGGCGGCGCCGAGCACGGCUUUCCCGGCUGCGGCGGGCAGCGGCUGCCGGGCGCCGCGGGCCACCCGAGUCCGCGCACGCCCACGCCGUCCGCGGCCAGCUGCAAGUACGCGGCGCCCGAGUCGACGGCCGCGUCGCCGCAGGACCUGAGCGCCUCCAGCACCCAGUCGCCGUCGAGUCCCGAGACGCGGGGUUCGUCGCCGUCGCCGGGACAGCCCGCGCAGGGUGCGCACAGCAGUCCGCCGAGGAGCGCGGCCGCCGCAGCGCAGCAGGCCACGCCGACAGCUGGGAGCCAACCGCAGCAGCAACAAGCGCAGCAGCAGCAGUCUUCGCAGCAGAAGCCCGCGUACCCAAACAACCCGCCGCAGAUCUACCCCUGGAUGCGAAAAGUCCACGUCGGCCAGAACGGCGUGAACGCCAUGGGUGAGACGAAGCGGCAGAGGACAUCGUACACGCGGUACCAGACGCUGGAACUCGAGAAGGAGUUCCACUUCAACCGCUACCUGACGCGGCGGCGGCGCAUCGAGAUCGCGCACGCGCUGUGCCUCUCGGAGCGGCAGAUCAAGAUCUGGUUCCAGAACCGGCGCAUGAAGUGGAAGAAGGAGCACAAGAUGGCCAACACCAUUCCACCCCAGAUUCCGCAGGUGAUCCCCGACCACCACUCGCACAUGCACAGCGAAACCAAGGCGUAGGCAGGGCAGUUGCUGCCGUUCUCAUAACAACCGUUUGUUUGAACAAUCCCCCUCUCUCUUCUUGUUUCUCCCGUUCGACAUGCCCGCAAUGAACAGAUUGAGGAAAGGAGGUGACGAGGAAAACAAAAAUUUAUUCGAGAAAGGAAGAAAAGCUGAAAAAAAAAAAGUACAGUCGAUCCCGCCUCGUUCGUUCGUUUGUUCAAGUUCGCUCGUACUUGUUUUCUGGAGGCUCUUCGUCUCUUUCGUGAUUCACGUUAACCUCCUCUUUUCUUUCUAUCCACUCUUCGUUGCCCUCGCAAUCUCGUGACGUCAUAACGCGCCUGCGCGGUCACGAGACGCGUCCGUCGUCGAAACGAUCCCUCAUCGACUGAUCUCCCCGCAUGAUGUAGGCGGCGAUCGUACAAUAACUCCGGCGAACUGACUCAUUCGAAAACGAAAUACCGGAAGCCGUCGCGUGAUCAGAGGAACGCAGAAUUUGGAGUAGGAAAUCGAUGCCCAAGCGCUUAUCCACCUUAUACCUUAAGCGCAAAGUUUUCAUUUUGUACGUGCACAGCUGAGGUUAUCCUAAACUGUGGUUAUCUUGAUAUCGAACAUUAUUGUGCUAAGUGGAAGCGCGGAAUUUGCGUGUCACUCGCGCCUCUCAGAUGUAAGCAACACUACAAUCACCAACGUAGUUUCUCGCAACUGCGGCCAGAUUGCGUGGUUCCUUUAUCCAGCACGAUGUGCCAGAAUCUUGAAGGAAUAUUUCAACGAUUGCUUAUAUCGCGCGACUGGGCUGCUCUGAGCUGCAUAACGUCAAUUAUAAUGCUGCGUUGCGCUAAUAACGUUACAAUAUUAGGGUCAGUACCAUGUUCACGGCCUAAAAAAUAAACCAGGAGCGCCGAAGUUCCAAAAUUUUACACCUCGUCUGAAAAAGAACUAUGCUUGCAUUACAAUACUCAUUCAUUCCUCGAGGUGGCGACGGGUAGCUGCAGUUCCUCUGAUGUUCGCGUCGGGUUCUUACGUGAACGCUCGAUCCAAAAAAAAAAAAAAAAAAAAAGCACUCUCACUCAAAUUGCCUUUAAAAAACGACGCCCCACCCCACUCCUUACCCUUGCUUUCUUUCGGCUGCCAUGUGCGUACAGAGCUUCUUCUUUUUCACUUCUCUCGGAGGAGACGUAACACGACCAAACUUGAAAAUAAUCCAAGCAAGUGGCCCGAAUGAAAUAAAUAAUAACCAUCCGCCGCCGUGCGUACACCGCCUCAGUCAAGCUAGCGCCGACGAACGCCAUCUGGUGCCGGUUAUUCAACUUUUUGGCCACCCAUGACUAAAUUGCCGAGAGCUACACCUAAUUAAUCAGCUCCACCCAAAACUAUUACGCUGUCAGUGGCUUACGCUGCGGACUUGAUAACUCAGAUUAGAGCAUUCUUAAUAUCAAACAAUUCGCUUGAAUUUGAUCUGAGAAUCGCAACUGGGCCAAUAUUCCAUCUUGGUCGACCAAUAACCUGCCCCUGAUCGGUUCGUCACAGCGUGGCACAUCCAAUAAAAACCUAACUGCCUUUUCAUAUCGGAGAUUCAGCUUCGCUACCAGCUCUAACAAACGAGCAGAACUCUUUCGAGACAUCUCCCAUAAUCCUCCGCAGCAGAGGAUGGCAGCUAUCUUACAUAGUGCGGUGUGUCGAAGCAGUGAAGCCCCCUUUUUUUUUUCGGGAGACAAACAAACGUGAGAAUAACAACGACUGUCUUAUCUACGCGCGUGGUGAUCGACAUACUGGGAUAAGCAGAGCUCAGGCCUGGAUCCUUACGCGAAAUUUACAAAGCCGAACGUACGACAAGAAUUCCUAUCGCGAAAGUCGCGCCAACACGUCGUACAAGUAAAACAAAGAAAGAAAAAUAACGGAAGAAACGCAGGCGUCCAAUUCUCAUUGACUGGCGAGCUUAUCGGCAUUGUUGAACAAAAAUAAAGAGAAAGAAAGGAUCCGGUCAAGGAAUAGCUUUACCCAGAAGUGCAUGUCGCGGUCAUACGUGUGGUAUCAUACUCCGACGAACACAAGAAAAACAAAACAAGCAAAAACAGCGACGACGACGAGAAAAAGGAGAAGAACAUUGAAAACUCUUGAAAACACGACCCGUGUGGCAUAGACUUCCGCGAGGAGAGGAAACGUGACCUCAACUCCGUGCGCUCGAACCAUUAGGACUCGCGCCAACCAACCAGACUCACGCAACACCCACACGAAUCGACGUCGUCCGAACGCCCGCCGAGGCGUGGAAGCCGCUGGCUUGUAGGCUUCGAGGAAGAAGAGAGGCUUGGAGAAAGAAAAAAAGAAAAAAGGCCUUCGGCUGUGAACACGCCUCCAGGUGUACGCGAGGACUGGCUUUCCGACGCGCACGCCCUCUACACCCACCGGACGAAAAAAAAACGUCAUCACCUCGCGCCGGUGACUUCCUCUUCUUCACCAGCGGGUGUCACCCACAGCCGAGUCGUGCGUCGUGGAGCACCCGGGACACUCUCACGAGGGUGUCACCAUCAACGUCACCACCUCUCCUCCUCCAGCGUCAUCCCGCCUCAUCCGAGUGAACUGUGUGGGUGAGUGCGGAGAGGAGCAACGGGUUACUUUCUUCUUGUUCGUUCGUGCUGUGUGUGUCUGUGGUGAAAAAAAAAAAAAAAGCACCACCCUGAAGGGACACUCUGAGAUGAACCACCACUCACCUUGAGCCGAGUGUGCGCUCUAAGGAAGCAUUGGCUGUGCACGACACCCAACACCGGUCAUCGACGGCACCAAAAAAAAAAUGUAAGACGAAGGAUACACAGUGUGUCACACCGCUAAAACAGAGACACACACACAAUAUAAGAAGGAAAAAAAAAAGAUAUAUUUAUAUAUAUAAAGUAUGUAUGAUCUGUAAAGUGUAAAACGAAGGUAUAAUAGAGGAGUGAGAGAGGCAGGAUUCAAACAAACAAAAAAGAAAAAGUGAAAGCUACAAGUUGUACACCAGCACACACACGUGCGCAAACACACAAAACACAUACCUACAAGAGAAACACACGCGAAGGACUUGUGUGUGACCACGAACUGUUUAUCCCUUCUCCUCAACCUCUGUUUCUCCAACGCUGCAAAUCGUUCCAGAGAUGACGUCAUUCGUCGCCCGUGUCCUCCUCCAAUCGCCGAGCGGCGCUGCUGUGGCGUCGAGCCACCAACGCCAGCUCACGGCGUUCGACAAAACACGGGCCAAGGCAAAGAGGCAAGGAAGGAAGAACAAGAGAUACAAAAACUGUUCACUCUAUCGGCUACGAGGACUGACUUUAUGACGCGAGUUGUGUGAUGAUGCCUAGACACAGCGGACGCUAUGUGAAACGGUGCCUAUGUGUGUGUCGGUGUCUUCAGGCAUGUACGCGAAAAAAAGAAAAUAACUCGGAGCUGAAGGUUGAAGUGACGAAAGGCUAACGGAAGAUUGUCGUUGUAUUGACGUGAGCGCAUACUCAGGGGUUUCAGAUGGGCUGUGGGGUGGCUUGCUGCUGAGAGAGAAAAACAAGAAAAAGGUGGUUGGGAAGGAGCAGCCAAGGCAAGAAGAGGCGAAGGUGAAAAAAACUCAAUAAUUUAAGGACAACGCGAGGGAGGAAAUAGAUUGAAGCUGACGAGAAAGUGUAGGGUGCUCCCGUUUGUGUUUCGUUUCCUAGAUUUUGCCCUCCUAGCUGAGUGUGUUAUAUUGAGAUAUCUCUUACAGCUGUACCAUAGUUUUCUCGGAAGUGUUGUUGUGGGUAAAGAAAAAGUGUGUUGUGAAUGGUGAUGCUUCGUUUCUUCGUGACACGAGCGAACUGCUUUUUUUGCUUGCUUCAUUUUUUUUUUCGCAUCGAUGGCUCAGUGCAUUUGUUUCGACCCCUUGCUGGGUAUAUGAGUGGAGUGUGUGAAGAGAUGAACCUGUGUUCACUGGCUGAUUAUUACUGUCUCAACUUUGUUUUUUUUUUUUCUCGGCCACCGUGUUACUUUUUCUUGUCUCAGGUUUUUACGCCUAUACACACCACUAACACUGGUGCGAAUAAGAAGGAAUGUACAAUAUUGAGUUUUAUUUUUACAACUUCACAUGUUACCUGGAGCAUUCGGUGAGAAACCCUCUACGCUUGUUUAGAGAAUGUGGUUGUGAAUUUCUUGUGUACAUAGGUUAUUUUACAUGUGCUGUUAGUUUGUUUUUUUUUCUUACAAUUUGUGAAUAUGUGCUGCUCAUUUUGUGGUUGGUUUAUUUUAUUCUCUUUUGAGGAUUGAGCCAACGCUGUGUUACACAGAGUCAUGCCAAGAAGGAAAAAAAAACGCAAAGAACUACUGAAAAAGAAAACCCGAUGAAACAGAUAGAUGUAUGUUUGGAGGCAAGCAAGAGAAAUGUGGUUCGUGCCAUAUUGUUCUCAAUUUGCUGAUCUCUCCUCAUAGUGCUAAUUUAUUGCGUUUGCAUUUACCACGACAGAUGUUUGGGAGACCGUUUUUCGGCUUUUUGCUCAGCGGUACACGGUUAUCCAUUAGUGGUUUUCGUCCCGCCUUGCAUAAAACAUGUCACGGAGUGCGAUUGGUCGCGUAGUCGACGCGUUGGGAUCAUAAACAGGAGGUGAACGUAAGGGGGUCAGCAAUUUCGGGACGGCCCCACGAAAUGCUUAGCUCGUCUUAUCGCAAUCGCCGAGCGCUAGAAAGGCAGGCUCGAUGCACUUUGGUAUUGGGAAAUUCGCGAAUCAAAUCCAAACCAGAACACUCCAAAACAUCCGGCUUCGGAUAUGGAAUCGAAUACUGUAUACUUUUUCCGGUUUGUUACAAACUCCAACAAACCAGCAAAAGCACCACAUAUAAGGAGAUGCUGUUAAAGAAAAAUCGCACUUGCUCUAACGCACAUAAAUGUUCUUGUAAGUCAAUUCUGAUUGCCAGCUUACUGAGUUGAGCUGUGCAGAAAAUGAAAGCCAACCGAACGCAGCCAUUUUCUUGGACCAAACAUGCCCAGGAAAGCGUUGUAACUCCGUGAGCCAUUAGUUGAAUACCUGUAUAUAUGAAACAGUAUAAUCCAUCUAUCCUAUACAAAUGUAUUCGAUUCGUACUACAAAAGUUUGAAUAUUCUCCUACUUACGAUUUCUAAUUCACUGAUUCGCAGGCGCCUCCUCCAAUAGCGAACGGUAUUUUGCUAAGAACACUCGUUACGCCUGGAGGAAUUUGUGCUAAGACAAGCUGAGGGCACUGCUCACAAAUAUUUCACUAGGAGUUAACUAGACAGAAACAAUUAUAAUAUUAACUCGUUCUCCGCAGGCGAAAACAACCUACUCCCAGCCCACUUCGAAAAGUAAAGUGGGCGGGUCCGCGAAGGCGCCGCCCGACCGACCAAUCGCACGCCGACGCUUGUCCAUUUCACCGCUUUGCUUGUAUAGAAGCGCCAUUUGCAUGGCGAGUCCUCUCGACCCGAAUUAUUUGAAGAAGGAAAAAAAAAUUCCGAAGUCAGUUUUUCAGAUAUAUAUAAAUAUAUAUAUGUAUACACAAACAUUACUAUUUAUGUAGUGCUUUCCAUCCACAUUCAUUUUAGUGGGAGGCGUACGAGAACAGCGGCGCGGAGGCAGUCCCUUGCUUUGUACAACGCGGUGCUGAGAGGAGAUGUCAUGUUCAACUUUCUGGCCUGUCUCGCCUUUCUUUCAGAGGCGAUACGUCCUGUCUCAUGAAGUUUCAUACUUUAGACUGCAACUAUCCGUGGUAGCACAGAGAGCGCAGUCGAAAGGUUGUUAUGCAGCCUUUUUCAGCGAUUUGCAUUCAGCGUACACAUAUGAUUAGACUGUAUACGUUGACCCGGCCAGCGAGUCCUUGCAUUGCAAUCUGGUAUAGGCAAAGUACAAAGUGCGCAAAAGUUACCAAGGUCGCUUUGCCUGUUCGGACUUUCUGUUCAAUCCUGAAACAAGCAUGAAUUGAAACCCUGAGAUAUUCGCGGCAUUUAUCAGUCAGGUCACAACUGGAAGCUUACUUUAGUAUUAAUAUGACGAUACUUGACACAAGUUCUUUUGCUGCUCGCCAGAAUGUCAAAAUUCCACGUACAGUAGUAAUACUGAACAUUUCCGGCUGCGUGUCAAUAUCCCAGGAGGCCGAGUAUUUGCAUCUCGGGUGUAAUUCUCUUGCUGCUUCUCGAAAACAUCGAUACUGAUCUAAUCUGAGGAUUCGGUGGUAUAACUGACGCACCAGGGACGUAUCACGCAGUAUCAUCGAUAAUAGCUGUAUCACUGACAUCACUGCUGCGGAAGUGAAGCUCACUAGUUUUUACUUCUACUGCAUUAGUAAGAGACAGGGGCAGCAAAAGAACGUUUUGAGAGAGAGAUGAUUUAUUAGAAGGCAGAGAGGUCUGAGGAUUUGUCACCACCGUUACCAGCUGGACCCGUGUACCAGCUGCGCACGUGGUGGUGUACCUGGUGGUUGUUCACAUACGCAGCUGCGAGAAACACCACCGUACGGAUCUCUGCGGACCAUAAGGGCAACAAGCUGGUAGAGCUUGCUGGUGGCGGGGUACCAACAACAGAUGAUGACCAGAUUGUUAAAGCUGCGCUUGAAAUUAUGAACUCCAUCUCACGCACGGCAGUUUCGAAGGCCAGAGAGUCUUCUCAGCACCGCGGCGCGCCGCCGUUGGACCGGUGUAUAAGGUUGCGGUAGUCAUUUGAGGAGGAACAACGUGUGGUUCGGUAACUGUGACGUCACGGCCUCCCCCGGCGGGGAGAGGGGUUUGGACAGAUAUCGAACGGACGGAGACAUCCAUGUUCUUCACCAGAGCAGUGUGUACAUGUCAGUGUAGGGAUACGCGCGUAGUGAUCGUCGUCUUCGUUGUAAGCAGCAGGAGCGAGCAGCAGUGCUGGCAGGAAGGCGCUUCGUUAUUUUUAGACUGGCGAGUAAGGAAGAAGGUAUUAGCGUCCGCUGCCCGUGCUUGCGUGCACCGCCCGACAGCUCUUUUAUUUCCCGCUUCGGCGUUUGCACGAGCGGGAAAGGCAAAAAAAAAAAAAAUUGCCUUGGUUCCGGCGUCAGGUGCAUGUAGGACGGCAGGAAGAACCCCUCAGUAUGAGAGCGAGAUAACCGUGCAAGAAAGACUGGGCCUUCGCAAACUAUUCUCUGUAAAUAUUUGAUACCCGUCAUCAGGAUCGCCCGGCAGCGCUACACUUAUAUAAAUACCGCAUAUACAGACAAAAAAGGGAGGUACAUAGAUGCACACGUCAUCAAACGGGAAAGGAGGAAGAGGCGUGAAAAGAAAAAAAAAAGAAAAUUAUAUAUAUACACACACUCACGCGCCGUUGCAUCUACACCACAUCAAUGUCGCAUUCCAUUGUUCACGCGGAUGAAAAAAAAAAAAAAACUACAACACUGUAUCGACGUGAAGCCCUGCCCUUUGUUCUGUCAUAAUUCAUGGUGUACCCCCCGAUUCCUCUGUCCCUUCCCCAUCCCUCGUUCACUCCCAUGUUGCCCUCGGUCCUAAUAGCGUGUAGACUGUCAUUUCAACUGUGUCAACGUCUCUUGUUUUAUUGUUUCAAUCAUUAUUUUCUUCCGCGCGCGCCUGAUGAGAUGCAGUUGUGUGACGUAAAAGCAUACCCAGUCAUCUGCGGUUCGUUCAAAGAGAAUGCGGCAAUGUUUCCCGGUUGUGGUGAAAAAAAAAAAAAAAAGGAGAUAGGGGAAGGGGGAGGCAAUCGUCGCAACAUAGAGGCGCCGCCAUCUUUGUGCGCGCAGAGUAAAAAAGGAGGAGGGGGAAUGGACAUCCGAUUGAGACAAAAUUGCGAGUUGAUGAAAAAAAAAAAAUGUUCGAUGCCUGUUAAUGUACUCAUGCGUGGGUGAUUUCAAGCAAAGCCGGGUCGUUCUCACCUUCUUGCUAUACCAGUGCAUUACUUGGAAGUCAUGAACUGUGUAUGAUCUAAGCUGUCAUUAAAAUGUGGUUGAUGUCACGGACAA